AUGACACGAUUAACUACAUUAGAUAUCCUUUCAGACAUUAUUGGUUGGUCUUAUUUCUUUGUUUGGUCUAUAAGCUUUUAUCCACAAGUAUUUCUAAAUUGGAAAAGAAAAAGUGUUCGUGGCCUUUCGAUAGAUUUCUUAUUUUAUAAUUUGCUUGGUUUCUUUUGUUAUUCAAUAUUUAACUUGGCGCUUUAUUUUAAUAAAGGAAUUAGAGACGAAUAUCAUUCAAGGCAUCCACUUAGUGAAAAUAAUCUUGUUCGUAUAAAUGAUGUUGUAUUUUCAAUUCAUGGUUUUUUUAUAUCCUUGUUUAUUUUAUUACAAACAUGCGUUUACAAAAAAAGCGAAAAUCAAAAAAUAUCUUCCUUUGCUGCAUCCUUUGUGUGGUUAACUCUCAUGGGCUCAGCUUUAGUUCUAUCUACUAUCCAUUAUGGUGGCGCUAAUUGGCUUGAUUUUAUCUAUUAUCUAAGCUUUAUUCAAUUUAUAGUUUGUUUUAUCAAAUAUUUGCCUCAGGUUUGGUUAAAUUAUAAAAGAAAAUCAACUCAAGGAUGGAGUAUUCAAUAUAUUAUUUGGGAUUUAUCAGGAGGAAUUUUGUCUAUAAUACAAUUACUUUUGGAUGCAUAUAUCGAAGGAGAUUGGUCUGGCAUUCAAGGUGUAAGUUAA